AUGGCAGCGCAAUUAGACUCUCGACUCGGUCCAAAUUCAAUUCCGCAAUCAGGCUCAAAUUCAAAUACGACAAAAGCCGUUCAAUCGCCCAAGGAAGAAACGGAUGCUAUCACUUCAUCACUCACUGCACGUCGUCGUCACUCUCUAGGAUCGAUCAUACGUUCUUAUCGACAUCCGUCCAAUUCAGCUUCAGCCUCCGAAUCAAAAGGUAAAGGUAAAAGUAAAGAUAGGACAGAACAUGUUAUAGAAGAAGAAGGAGUCGUCGGGAUGGGGUUCGGAGAUGGAGAAGGUAUGGAAGAAGGAGAAGAAACGAUCGCACGAAAUCAAGAGGACGAAGAAGGGCAGCAAGAAUCUGAAAAUGCUCAAAGACACUAUAAAUUAGAACUUGAAGCUUAUGAGAACUCGAAAGGUGAUCCUAUAAAUAUUCAAAAAAAUAUAAAUGGUAAGAAGUUGAAUAUAAAUCUAGAAAAUGACUGUAUAGUAAAUUAUGAGAAAGAAUACGUAUGGGAUGUUCUAUUCGAAAAUCAAAGGGGAAUAUUCAUAUUUGGGAAAGGAAAUUUUUCUUCACGAACCUUACUUCCUUCAGAUCCAUCAGCUUUCACCAGACCAUCAAAAAUUAUACCCUCUGCAUCGUCCCUGUCAGCGAAGAAGGGGUCUAUCUCAGCCGAAGAACCUGCUCAACCCCCUUCAUCUUCAUCUUCAUCGAAUGAUAAGCAAUCUCAUCGAAACCAAACUCAGACACGGUCGAAUAAGACUUCUUAUACACUAGAUACUUAUCAGCCACCCUUACCAGAAUGGGAAUACCUGACGUCGUGGAUGAUCAAUAUGCGUACUGGAACGGAUGAAUCAGGAUGGAGGUAUAAUGCCUGGUUCAAGAAAAAAGGUUGGUCAAGUCAUGCUGGCCCUGUAGGAUGGGGAGGAUGGGUCAGAAGAAGAGAAUGGAUCAGAUUACGAGCUGUCGGAGUGGACUCGGUCGACGGAGAAGGUACUGCGAUAAUUCGUGAUGGGAGAGAAAAGGUCGAACAAAAUGGAAAACACCUGAAAGACGUAAUGAGGAGUGAGGAGAUUAAACCGAACGUGCUGGAAGUGCUAGUGGUUAUGGGUAGAUUACGCUUGGACAGACAAAGAAUAGAACUAUGGAGUAAAUGGCUUGAAAAUGAGAAGAAGGACAGUAACGCUUGGAAGAGGCUGGAGAUGACUUGUAGUGAUGAACACGCUGUGAGUCGUCAUAAUUUCGAACGGCGAAUCACAGAUACGUUCGUUCAAACUGAUCAUGUACAUAUAUAG